AUGCGAGCAAUUCAAUGUGCACUGCUAUUAUCAAUAGUGAUAAAAGGUACAAAUCUGGAUGGAAUAGCUUCGAGUCAAGAUCCUUCACCCGACAAAGUUUCUGUUCCCACUGCUCCAACGAGUUCUUUUCUGCUUAAUCCGAAAGAUUAUGAUCCAUCCAGUUUUCACAAUCCGUCGAGUCCUCUUGAUAAUGAUCCUGAUUUUGGAGGAAUAUCCAAACGAGACAAAAGAUACUCCAAACGACUGUUCACUGAUUUCGUUGCCCACAUCUCCACCAUCGCUCGUCUUGCCAAUACAAUCGAAAUGCAAUCGGAUCUCAUGAAUAAUCAAGAUAUGCACUUAAAAGUCGGAGAACUCCUCAAUAUUGGAAAGAUCGAUGUUGUCGAACUGAAAGAGAUCAACACGACCCGUACGUUGGAGUUCAUGCAGGUUUUUAAUAAGUCUGUGGGGAAUAUUGAUAAUACUGUGAUUGACGGAGAGAAGAGGUUUCAACUUUGGGAGGCGAUUCGAAAAAUAACGAAAGAGUUGGGGAGAGUUGAACAUUUUCCGAAUAGGGAUCAAUAUAAUAAGGAUGCCAAUCGAUUUUAUAUGUCGUUCUCUCCGUAUCGAUUCGACGAAGCUUGGCCUCCACUUAGAGCUACUUUGCCUCCUCUACGAGUUUUGAGAAAUUUUUCGACUGAAAGCUCCACCACAAGAAAGGAAAAAGAUGCAGAUGUCGCUCAGUUUGUCGACGUGAGGGAACAAAUCAGCAAAACACUUCCUUUUGUUGUUAGAUUGAAGGAGGGUAUAGAUGGAUUGAGUCGUUUUGAAGGUUGGCGUUUUGAGGUUGAAAGGGCGGUGCUCUCUAAACCAGAAAGACUAAUUCAAGCUAUAGCAUGGCGGCAAGAAGUACAACCAUUACGGGUAUCAAGUUCUGAGAAGACGAAAUCUCUCGACAAGAACUUUGGUGAAGUGGAUAAUAUGAAAAAAAGUGUGACGUACUUUGGAGAUGUUUUUGAAAACUUUGAAAAUCACUUGCUCAAAUAUUCAAAUAAUCCGUCAUCGGGUCUUAGAGGGUUUCAAGGAUUGUCUCUGCUGGCCUCUGAAAUCGAAGAUCGAUGGUUCAAGAAAGUUUUCAAAAAUAUAGGAGACAGGAAGAAGAUGAUUAAUAGUUUGAAACCAAUGUUUACACUAAGGAAUACCACCAAAUCAACCAAAUCGAAUUUCAUGACAGAUUUGGAAACACGAUUUGUUAUCGAAGAUGUGAACUCAUUAGUAAAAGAAUUUCUGAAAAGAAAGACAACUGCUAAGGGAUCUGCUUGGUAUUUGGAACUCUUUGAAAGCUGCGGUAAUACAGGGGGUAAAAUAAAUGAAACCCUAAUGACCAAAGCUUUGUAUCCUAUUUUAAAAUCGCGAGAAUUCGCUGAAAGAUUCGCGGACUUUUGGAGUAGGGAAGACUUUUCUCGUGAUAAUGUGCAAUCACUUCUCGAUGAUUUGAAUAGUGUCAAUAGGAUUUUGAAUCCAGUAAAUUCAACCGAUCAUGUAUAUUGGUUUGAGCAGCUUCCGCGUUUAUUAACUGAAUUGAACACGAACGGAACAAUGAAGAGACUCGAGAAUUCAGUCGAAAGACUGAUGGAAUCUUCGAAAACUUUCGAUGCGAAAUCUUUAGAAUCAGCUGCUUAUCAUUCUUAUUAUUACAGUGACGACACAGAUAGCUUUUUGAAACUGCCGGAAGUAAUACAAGAACAUGGUGUUCACAUCUGUUUGAACAAUCUUCGAUAUGAAGCAGACUAUCUUUAUGAAGCUACUCGUCUCAUCCGGUUGAUCAGAAGACUUGGCGUCGAAGGAACUAAACGAGUGAAUGAUUAUGUUUCUAAAGUGGCAAAAAUGCUGGAGUCGUUGGAUGAAUUCGAAUCAAUUUCAUCAGUAAUGAAGAAAAAUCACAAUGAUGAAGUUGAAAAAGUGAACAAAAUCGAUAAAUUGGUGGUUGCUCGAAUUGAAAACGCAGUGAUUUCCGUCAAGAAUCUUCUUGAACUCAGAAACAUUGGGUUGUUGGAGCAGCUGAAAGCGGUCCAGAGCAAUGCGAAACUCGAGUUUGAUCACAUGGCCCAAUUCGGUCCAAACGACGAAUUGAAGACGCUGUGGCCACUGACAAAAGUAAUUUCGUCCUUGACAAAAGGUCUCAAGUACUUUGAAGAGCACCUCCAGAAGUUUGAUUAUCGAUCACUAAAAAACCUCACUGACUACGACGUAUUUUUCAAAAAACUGAAAGGAAUGCCAGAUGUUACGAUAUAUCCUGAAUCGUUGAUACAAGUGCUGAACUACUUUAUCAAACAUACAAUGCAUGAUGACCGCAUAGAUCAAUUCAUCGAGACAAAGAAGAAACUGAUUCAAUGUUUAUCGAUGGAUUUGGAGUUUGCAAAACAUUUCCAAGGAGUCGGCGAUGCGUUCCAAAAGUUUGGGGACUUUUUGACUCAAGCUUUAGCGGAAGUGGUUUCAGUCCCGGAGGAGAAUCAGGAAGGUCAAGAAGAAGACGAAAUUGACUACAAAUGGAUAAUCGUGGGUUGCGUCGUCUUCGUCGGCUGUCUAUCCGCCGUGGCAGUCUUCGUUCUUUGGAAAAAGAAGCUGUUUUGUUUCAAACGAAAACAAAAUUCCGUAGAUUGCGAAGUGAUGGACCUGGAUCCAGUAGACAACAAGCCAGUUCUUCCACCCCAUCUGAUUAUCGUAGCUAUUGGUACACAGACAUUCGGACGACACCCGGAGCACUAUGAGUUGUGGACCCAGUUGAUGGUACAUGUGAGAACGGCACCGACACCAGAAGAACGACAGUUUCCGUACUUGCCGUUGAUGGAAUCAAAGUAUUUGGAUCCGAAUAUCAAACUGAAUCCAUUCACUGCUCUCCAAACGGUUCGGUUGCACGGAAACAAGUUUCGGAGUCGAUUGGGAACUGUGUUCUAUGCUAUGCAGGCCCCGAUGGAAGCCAACAGCAUGCACGACGAUACUCGAGCGGACUUCUUGGCUAUGAUCGUGAUUGAUGAUGUCGAAUUCAUCGUAUUCCUCGGGGAAACCAGUUCGUGUGGACGUUACUUCACCGAAGGCGUCGGAAAUCUCACCAUCGAAAACUUCACUGUCACAAAUGAGGGGGAGCAACAGUUCCAGAACUCGACGGACAUUGUUGUGAGAACUCUGAUGGUAAAGGACAAUAAGAAGAAGACUCAACGGAAAGUGAAGCAGUUCCAAGUCAAAAACUGGAAAGAAGGAGAUAUUCCGAACUGUGGAUAUGAACCAUUGGAAGCCAUCAUGACGGAGAUUUGCAAGAGUAAAGCCCCAGUCGUCGUUCACUGUACCUCUGGAACCGGACGCACAAUGUCGUUUAUCGGUAUGGAAUACAUUUCGAGAGCUUUGGAGGCAAAUGAGGAGAUGACGUUCGCUGACGCCUUCAAAAAACUCAUCGAGAAGAGAUACUCAGCUUUCGAAAACGCACGUCAGAUCGGAUGGCUUCAAGUCGGGACAGUGUACUUCAUGUCGAUUCGUCACAACGCCGAACUCGUGAUGUAUCAGAACAUCGAGGGCGUCUUCAGAGAUAUGGUGGAGAGAAAUGUCGGAGUGCCGAAAGGGAUCAAGUUCUAG